AUGGCCCAAAGGAAAGGAGCCAUUCCCUUGGCAGUGCAGCUGCUGCUGCUCCCCUGGGCGAUGGUGAGCCCCGGAGCAAGGUGCUCUUUGAGCCUAGAGGGCGCUGCCCCCGCAGAGCCCGGCGAUCCAGAGCUCCUAAAAUGCCCCGGGGCUUGUGCCUGCAGCUACGACGACUACAGCGAGGAGCUCAAUGUCUACUGUAGCUCCAGAAACCUCACCCAGCUCCCCAGCGACCUGCCCGGCACGACCAAGGCUCUGUGGCUGGACGGCAACAACUUCACGGCUCUCCCCACCGGCGCCUUCAAAAACCUCUCGGGCCUGGAUUUCCUGAACCUGCAGAGCAGCCAGGUGAGCAGCCUGGAGCCGCACGCUUUCCACGGGCUCCGGGGCCUCUACCACCUCCACCUGGAGCGGAACCGGCUCAAAUACCUCGCCCCCAACACCUUUCUGCACACCCAGAACCUGGCCUCCCUGAGCCUCAACAACAACUACUUCAGCAAAGUUGAAGAGGGCCUCUUUGCUGGGCUCUCCAACCUGUGGGAUCUGAAUCUCGGCUGGAACGCGCUGGUGGUGCUCCCGGACACGCUGUUCCACGACCUGCCCAACCUCCGGGAGCUCGUCAUGGCCGGUAACAAGCUGGCUUAUCUGCAGUCCCAGCUCUUCUGCAGUCUCACGGAGCUGCGCGAGCUGGACCUCAGUGGCAACGCGCUCCGCAGCAUCAAGACCAACGUGUUCAUCAAGCAGCAGAAGCUGCAGAAGCUUUACCUGAGCCACAACCUCAUCAGCACCAUCGCACCCCGGGCUUUCCUGGGCCUCCGGUCCUUGCGCUGGCUCGAUCUGUCUCACAACCGCAUCGGCGUCCUCUUUGAAGAGACCUUCCUGGGCCUCCACAGUCUGCACGUCCUGCGCCUCUCCAACAAUGCCAUUGCCAGCCUCCGGCCCAGGACCUUCAAAGAUCUUCAGAUCCUGGAGGAGCUGCAGCUUGGGCACAACAGAAUCAGGAGCCUUGGGGAAAGGACAUUUGAGGGUCUAGGCCAGCUGGAAGUUCUCACCCUGAACCACAAUCAGAUCCAGGACAUCAAGGUUGGGGCGUUCCCCGGCCUCUUCCACGUGGCUGUCAUGAACCUGUCCAGCAAUUGCAUCAAAAGCCUCCCUGAACAGGUCUUCAAGGGUCUCAGCAAAAUGCACAGCCUCCACCUGGAGGGCAGCUGCCUCACCAGGGUCCAGCGGCACACGUUCUCUGGCCUUCCUGGCUUACGGAGACUCUUCUUGAAGAAUAACAGCAUCUCCAUGAUUGAAGACCAGAGCCUGAUGGAUCUGCAUGAACUCUUGGAACUGGACCUCACAUCCAAUGCGCUGACGCUCCUCUCCAGUCAGCUCUUCCAGGGUCUCCAGAACCUGGAGUACCUGCUCCUCUCUCACAACCAGCUGGCGGAGCUCUCCCCAGACACCUUCGGCUCCCUUCAGCAUUUGUUCUGGCUGGACCUUUCCCACAACCACAUCAAAACCAUAGCCGACGGCCUAUUUGCACCUCUGGGGAACCUCAGGUACCUCAGCCUGAAGAACAACUCUCUGAGGGCCUUUUCUCCCCAGCUCCCAGCCCUAGAGCAGCUGUGGCUGGAAGGAAACGAAUGGAACUGUAGCUGCUCCCUAAAGGGGCUGAGGGAUUUCUCCCUGCAGAAACCCAGCGUGGUACCCCGCUUCGUCCGAGCCAUUCAAGAGAGGGAUGACUGCCAGACUCCUGUGUAUGCUUAUAAUAAUCUUACCUGUCAGAGUCCCCUGGAGGUGGCUGGCCUUGACCUACGUGACAUUGAAGAAGAUCACUUUGCUCACUGUUAACCCCAUGUCCAACUUCCCCUGAGUGGAAGCAGGUAUUUGCAAUAUUAUGCUGUGGAAUCAAUUUCACUUAUUCCUUAGUAGUGACCCUCACUGUACCAUCCAAGAAAA